CAGCAGGAGCUCAGAGUCGCAGUCAGUCGGUGUUGCCACCGGGAAUGGGCGGCUUUAGACGCUCGCUAUUUUCAGGUCCGGGAACUCUAGCUGAGCUGCUCAGAGCAGACCUUCUUGCUGUGACUUUACUCUCGUAAGGUAACCCGAAACCACCCUUCAUUCAAAUCUCAAGCGAGUUGUUCCGUCCUCCGAGUGUCGGUGUUCUCGGACCGCAGUAGAUGGUCAACGGACAGCGGUUGGUGGCUCUCCGCCACGGGGCUACAUGCUAAGAAAGAAGCCGCCGGAGCACCGCGUCGGUUUCUGUGUGAAUACGUUGCCACUCUGUCGUCCGGGCCCGGUUUAGAAAUGCGCUAAAAAAAGUGUCGCCUUUAUUUAAUUUGUUUUUCAAGGUGUGAAAACGCUCUGUUAAAUGUGCGUCGACAAAGUCUAUGGAGUGAAAUCUGCGGCGGGCGCGAGGAACACAACGACCUGCCGUGGUUUCCCCGAGCUGCGUGUAAACAAAUAGAUGAUAGAGGAUACGAUGACCCUGCUAUCUCUUUUGGGUCGGAUCAUGCGUUAUUUUCUGCUCAGACCGGAGACCUUGUUCCUGCUGUGCAUCAGCCUGGCUCUCUGGAGUUACUUCUUCCACACGGACGAGGUGAAGACCAUCGUCAAGUCCAGCCGGGAUGCGGUCAAGAUGGUCAAGGGGAAAGUGGCGGAGAUGAUGCAGAACGAGCGCUUCGGCGGGCUGGACGUCCUGGACGCGGAGUUCUCCAAGACCUGGGAGUUCAAGAGCAACAAUGUGGCCGUGUACUCCAUCCAAGGAAGGCGGGAUCACAUGGAGGACAGGUUCCAGGUGCUCACCGACGUCGUGAACAAGAGCCACCCGUCCAUUUUUGGGGUUUUUGAUGGCCACGGAGGAGAGGCUGCUGCCGAGUUCGCCAAGACCCACCUGGCGGAGGCUCUGCGCCAGCAGCUACUGACCUACGAACGAGAGAGAGAUCGAGACCGAGAAAAAGACAAGGACGAAAAAAAGGAGAAAGGAGGCUCCUCCUAUCCGUCCAUCCUGGAGCAGCAGAUACUGACGUUAGACAGAGAAAUGCUGGACAAGCUCUCUGCCAACUACAACGAAGCAGGCACUACAUGUCUGGUGGCUCUGCUGUCUGAUAAGGAGUUGAUAGUGGCUAACGUUGGAGACUCCCGGGGGGUUCUGUGCGAUAAAGACGGCAAUGCCAUUCCUCUGUCACAUGACCACAAACCUUACCAGCUCAAGGAACGCAAGAGGAUCAAGAAGGCCGGUGGUUUCAUCAGCUUCAACGGUUCGUGGCGCGUCCAGGGCAUCCUCGCCAUGUCCCGCUCUCUGGGCGACUACCCGCUGAAAAACCUCAAUGUGAUCGUCCCCGACCCCGACAUCAUGUCUUUUGACCUCAACAAGCUGCAGCCGGAGUUCAUGAUCCUGGCCUCGGACGGCCUGUGGGACACCUUCAGCAACGAGGAGGCGGUCCGCUUCAUCAGGGAGCGACUGGACGAGCCGCACUUUGGAGCCAAGAGCAUCGUCCUGCAGUCCUUCUACCGCGGCUGCCCCGACAACAUCACCGUCAUGGUGGUCAAGUUUAAAGGCAAGACGGGUGAAAAAAAAUGACCCUGAACUCACCUGGUCAGUAGACUGAGUCCUCCUCAGUUGGAUGAAGGCCUCAGAGGAUUGUUGGAGAACAUUAGCGGACAAA